AUGUCCAAUUGUGAGUAUCAUCGGUGGACUCGUGUGUUCAUAAAAUCAAUCAUAUUACAAAUUUUGAUUGAACUGUGCAUGCAGGUGUUGGGCGAUAGCAAUCCUAGCACUUCAUUGCCCGCAAGUCACCAAGGCAAACCAACGGAAACUAUCAAUUCCAGCCUGAUUGCGGUCGCACCGAUCAGUGCAAAACCACGAACAUCCGUGCUGGUGACCUCAUGUGUGUGUAUCGCGAUUGCCAUUGUCGGAGUACUGGGUAAUCUACUGGUCAUAUGUGUGCUCAUAGGGAGCCAUACGAGACUGGUGUAUGAAACAUUUUGCGUCGGACUAGCCGUGACCGAUUUGACCUAUCUCACAUUCACCACACCAAUCACCAUUGUGCAAUAUUAUUUUCGGGGAUGGAUAUUCGGCCUGUUUUGGUGCAAGGUGUUCAACUUUGUCGUUCAGGUGACCGUAUUCUCUUCAGCGUUCAUGCUGUUGGGCCUGACAACAAGCCGCUUUCUCUCGGUCGUUUUGCCGUGGCAGAACCUGAAAAUGACAGAACUGCAAGCCAAGCUAUUUUGUCUUGGAGCUUGGAUCGCCGGUGUCAUUUUCGCGUCUCCCGUCCUGGUCUUUCAAGUUCUCAUGCCCUCGCGUGAGGUCACUCGUUAUCGACACAGUGCCCCGGGCAAAAAUAUGACCACAACAUGCCUGGAUGUGACCGAAGCUGUAUCCAAUGAGACAAUGGAAUUCCGAACCAUGACCACAGUUCAAGAAUCGGUCGUACUCUGCCGUGGGUUAUUUCCAAGCCAAUCAAGCCGAAUGGGCUAUCAGCUUCUCGUUCUGUUGUCCACUUAUGUAAUCCCAUUCGUGGCCAUCCUGAUCAUGAACUCAACUAUUAUCUACAAAUUACAACAAAGGAACGUGAUGGAACGACACGAAAGGGCCAGGAAGCGUCAACCGGAUUCAUCGUUAUCUAUCCGGAAUAACAUCCUCUUUCGCCGUAAGCGAGCAUCAAAAUCGAAAGAAAACUCUCAAUUGAGCUCAGGCGACCCGGGUCAGGCAGUUACAUCGCGUGCGUCAUCCGAGCACCAGCUGGAAUUAGAGCCAUUCCAACCGACGGAAGCCGUUUCUGGUCCAAAUCGAGACAGUUUCGUCACAAAGAACACGACAUUGCUGAACCCGAUGGAGUUGGUAAAAAUGCAAAAGGCGGAGAAAAAACGUCGAACUCGAACGAAGGCCACUAAAUUGGUUGUCCUUGUAACUACCUUGUGGUGUGUAUGCUGGCUACCAACGCACAUCAUCAAUUCAUGGCUGAACUUUGAUGAGGCCAGUUUUCCGUUCACACCGGAAAUGGUCGCUUCCAAAUUGGUCUCUCAAACAUUGUCGUUUGCAGCAAGUUGCGUGAAUCCCGUUGUCUACGGUAUAAUGACAGGCACAUUCAAGGCAACAAUAUCAAAUAAAAUGUUUCGUCGCAGGCAUAAGCUAGAUGAAAAGAGCAACGGAGCCGCGCAACGAACUGCAACAUUAUUAGAAAAUCUAACCUGA